AUGCACGGAGACUCCGCGCGCAAGUCACGUCGCUCUGACGGGUUCUCCCGUCGUCGCCGACGCCCAAAUGAUGACGAUAAAUCCCACCAUUCUCAAGAUGAAUCCGACAUUGAAGUUAUUCCCGACUUUCGUUCAAAACAGAAAAAAGAGGCCGCGCAAGACGACACCGAUCUGUCGCCUAGUGAGCGCGAACGACUUCGUGAUCGUGAAGAACGUGAUGCCUUUGCUGAGCGCUUGCGACAGCGCGACGAAGCGCGUACCAAGAAUAAGCGCAAGGCUGAGGAAAUGGACGACCACAGAGGACUUACAAGCGACGAAAUUAAGCAGCUCGCUAAGCGUGGGACACUUGACGCUGCACAGAAUGAAAAGGUGAAACAACUUAGAAAUUUGAGCCGACAAGAAUAUCUCAAAAAGAGAGAAGAAAAAGAACUUGAGCUGCUUGAAUUUCAAUUAAAAGAUGAAGACGUGUUGUUUGAAGAGUCUAGAAGGUCUAAAAAGGAGCAGCAGCAACUCGAGCUCAAUAAGCGAAUAUUAGAGACAGCUAAGGCCAGAUCUCAGAAAGAGGAGGUUGACGGGUAUCAAAUACCUGAUUCAUAUGAAGAGGUUGAUGACGAGGGCAAUCGAAUAAGAAAGAAAGAAGACUUACUGACGGACAGAUACGAGGAGGAGGAAGUGCUUCAUACCGAGCAGGAGAUCUGGGAGGACACACAAGUUAAAAUGGCUUCAAGUCGAUUUGGAGCCAAAGAUAAGCGCAAGGAGAUACAAAAAGAAGACGAACUUAUUUUUGAUGAUCAAAUCGAGUUCAUUUCGCAGCAAAUGCUAUCCGGACAUCAUGUGAGCGAUGAAAAUGUAAAAGAAGCGAGGAAAAAAAUGGAGCAGGCCAGGCAUCUGAGUAUUCAGGAAGGAAGGAAGCAACUACCGGUGUUUCCGUACCGAGAAUCUCUCCUUGAAGCAAUUCGCAAUUACCCGGUUAUUAUCAUUGAAGGUGAGACAGGAUCAGGAAAAACAACUCAGAUCCCUCAGUAUCUUCAUGAGGUUGGGUACUCGAAGCUUGGCAUUAUUGGCUGUACGCAACCGCGACGUGUUGCUGCAAUGAGCGUGGCAGCGCGUGUGGCGCAGGAGAUGGAUGUGAAACUGGGGAAUGAAGUGGGAUAUUCAAUUCGUUUCGAAGACUGCACUAGCGACAAGACUGUAAUCAAGUACAUGACCGAUGGUAUGCUUUUACGUGAGUUUCUGACUGAGCCCGAUCUCAAAUCCUACAGUGUCAUGAUAAUUGAUGAGGCCCAUGAACGUACACUGAGUACCGACAUUUUGUUUGGCUUGAUUAAAGAUAUUGCUCGGUUUCGAGAUGAUAUUAAGAUCAUUGUGGCGAGUGCGACACUGGAUGCAACUAAGUUUAGUGCGUACUUUGACGAUGCUCCCAUCUUCAAAAUUCCUGGACGUAUGUUUCCAGUAGAUAUUUUGUACACGAAAGCCCCUGAAGCGGACUACUUGGAUGCUGCUAUUGUGACGGUGUUACAGAUUCACAUUACUCAACCACUUGGAGACAUUCUCGUAUUUCUUACGGGCCAAGAGGAGAUUGAAUCCGCAGAAGAAAUUCUGCUUCAGCGAACUCGCGGUCUCGGCUCUCGAAUUCGCGAGCUACUUAUUCGGCCAAUCUACGCAACUCUGCCUUCAGAACGCCAGGCUCAGGUAUUUGAGCCAACGCCAGAGGGAGCUCGUAAGGUGGUCCUGAGUACAAACAUUGCAGAGACGUCACUGACCAUUGCUGGUAUUUGUUAUGUGAUCGAUACGGGCUUUUGUAAGCAGACAAACUACAACGCACAGACCGGCAUGGAGUCGCUACUGGUCGCACCAGUCUCCCAAGCCAUGGCCAAUCAACGCGCUGGUCGAGCAGGACGUACAGCUCCGGGCAAGUGCUUUCGCCUGUACACUGCCUGGUCAUACAAGAACGAAUUAGACGAGAAUACUGUACCUGAAAUUCAACGCACAAAUCUUGCCAGUGUCGUUUUACUCAUGAAAUCUCUAGGAAUCAAUGACUUGCUUCAUUUCGACUUUAUGGAUCCUCCACCCGAGAAGGCGCUGAUUCGCUCGCUUGAACAGCUUUACGCACUUGGUGCACUUAAUGGCAUGGGUGAAUUGACAAAGUUGGGACGUCGCAUGGCUGAAUUUCCGCUUGAUCCCAUGAUGUCCAAGGCACUGCUUGCUUCAGAAAAGUUUGGCUGUGUUGAAGAAGUCAUGACAAUCUGCGCCAUGUUGAGUGUAAACAACUCAAUAUUUUACCGACCAAAAGACAAGGCAGUUCAUGCUGAUAACGCUCGGCUGAAUUUUGCGCGCGGUGGUGGAGGAGAUCACAUCACGCUAAUGAAUGUUUACAAUCAAUGGGUAGAGACAAACUAUUCGACUCAAUGGACAUAUGAAAAUUUCGUGAUUAUGCGUUCACUAAAAACUGCUCGCGAUGUUCGGGAACAACUUGAAGCUCUUUGUGAUCGCGUCGAGCUUGAACGCACAAGUAAUCGCAGUGACCACGAACCGCUCCGAAAGGCAAUUUGCGCCGGUUACUUUUACAAUACAGCCAAGUUGGACAACUCGGGCCACUACAAGACCGUAAAGAAAGCACAGUCAGUGCACAUACAUCCAAGUUCGUGCCUCAUUAAGCUUGAAGAAGUCCCGCGUUGGGUUAUUUACCAUGAAUUGGCGUUUACGACUAAAGAGUACAUGCGUAAUGUCAUUCCAAUCAAAUCAGAGUGGUUGAUGGAGCUUGCACCUCACUACUACAAGUCAAAAGAGGUUGAGGAUGCUCGCUCAAAGAAAAUGCCAAAAGGUGUCGGUAGAGCAGGCUGA